AUGGAGUUGGAGAAUGUGGCAGAGCCAUGUAUCAUUGAAACUGUAGUGGAUAAUAUUGUAUGCGAGGAAGGAAAUGCUGCAGAGACAGAGCUGGAGACUGACAAGAAAGAGCCCAACGAGGCUGUCGCGACGGAAAGUUCUGGAGCAGAUACCGUUUCUACAUCAGAAAUUGUCUCAGAUGUGCAGAACUCUGUAGCAGUACUAGAAAUUUCUGAAGACACGACAAGGAAGCCUGAGGAACAUGCAGAGGAAGGUAGUGUCUUGGGAGGUGCAUCUGAACCCAGUAUUUCUGCUCCUGACAUUGUGCAGAGUGUUGUCGUCGAGCAGGUUAUUUUAGAUCAGGUGUGA